CCGCCUUCCGGCACCCUAACCCCGGCAGCCUUCCUGGAGCCGCGCUGAGACCGGCGCUCGGAUUGGCCGCGGCCGCUCGCGGAAGCGGCCGGGCGCUCGGGGCGGACUGCGCCCAGGAAGUGACCGAGGGCCGUUGAGGUCCGUGCGCUCUGCGUCAUUCCGCGGGGAGCUGCGGUUCCACUGCCGACAUGGCCGACGCCGAUCCCCUCUACCCCCGCUCCUCCAUCGAGGACGACUUCAACUAUGGCAGCUGCGUGGCCUCCGCCAGCGUGCACAUCCGCAUGGCCUUUCUAAGAAAAGUCUACACCAUCCUUUCUUUGCAAGUUCUCUUAACUACAGUGACAUCUGCAAUUUUUUUACACUUCGAGUCUAUACGGACAUUUGUACAUGAAAGUCCUGCCUUAAUUUUGGUGUUUGCCAUUGGAUCUUUGGGUUCAAUUUUUGCAUUGAUUCUAAAUAGACAUAAGCAUCCCCUUAACCUGUACCUGCUUUUUGGAUUUACACUGUUGGAAGCUCUGUCUGUGGCCUGUGUUGGGCCCUUAGAGGAGCUGAUGACAUGUUUUGAGCCAGUUACUUUCUAUGAUGUGUAUAUUAUUCUCCAAGCUUUUGUACUGACUACUGCAGUAUUUCUUGGUUUGACUAUGUAUACUCUACAAUCUAAGAAAGAUUUCAGCAAAUUUGGAGCAGGACUGUUUGCUGUUUUGUGGAUUUUGUGCUUGUCAGGAAUCUUGAGGUUAUUUUUUUAUAGUGAGACAGUAGAAUUGGUUGUGGCUGCUGUAGGAGCGCUUCUUUUCUGUGGAUUCAUCAUCUAUGACACACAUUCACUGAUGCACAGGCUAUCACCUGAGGAGUAUGUAUUAGCUGCCAUCAAUCUCUACUUGGAUAUCAUCAAUCUAUUCUUGCACCUGUUGCGACUUUUGGAAGCAGCUAAAAAGUGACUGAAAACAGGAUAUGUAAAAUGAUUAAUAAAGUUUGAAACAACUAUCAAUUAUUACUUUA